GGAAGUGCGCGCAGGAGCUCCAGGAAACUGGCGGCCUCCGCGUCUGGUCUCCUGCUCUCCGAGAGUUGGGCGCUGCUGCUCCACGCUGGGGUCGCUGCGCUGUCGCCGGGAUCAUGGUGUUCUACUUCACCAGCAGCAGCGGUAACUCAUCUGCUUACACUAUUUACAUGGGAAAGGAUAAAUAUGAAAAUGAGGAUCUAAUAAAGUAUGGCUGGCCUGAAGAUAUUUGGUUUCAUGUGGACAAAAUCUCUUCGGCUCAUGUAUACCUUCGAUUACAUAAGGGGGAGAAGAUAGAAGACAUUCCAAAGGAAGUAUUAAUGGAUUGUGCCCAUCUUGUGAAGGCCAAUAGCAUUCAAGGCUGCAAGAUGAACAACGUUAGCGUGGUGUAUACACCGUGGUCUAACCUGAAGAAGACGGCUGACAUGGACGUGGGGCAGAUAGGCUUUCACAGGCAGAAGGAUGUAAAGAUUGUGACAGUGGAGAAGAAAGUGAAUGAGAUCUUGAACCGAUUAGAAAAGACUAAAACAGAGCGGUUCCCAGACCUAGCAGCAGAGAAGGAAUGCAGAGACCGCGAGGAGAGGAAUGAGAAAAAGGCCCAAAUUCAGGAAAUGAAGAGGAGGGAAAAGGAAGAGAUGAAGAAGAAGAGGGAAAUGGACGAACUUAGGAGCUAUUCUUCGCUAAUGAAAGCUGAGAAUAUGUCUUCAAAUCAGGACGGCAACGAUUCAGAUGAAUUCAUGUGAAUGGAGAAAAGGACUUUGCAAAGAUGUGAAUUUAGGGACGUUUUGAUUUCAUCCGUGUUCUGAGUUAUAAAAAACAAGCAACCAAAAUUCUACCUUCAGUCUACACAAAUAUCAACUUGGGAUUUUUUUUUAAUUGUUCUGCUUUUUGCUGACAGAAAGGAUCAGAUACCUAUAUAUCAAAUACAGUUGGACUUGAAGACAGCAUGUAACACUAGGAAAGUGAAAAUAUAUGUGCCAGAACAUGUCUUGGUAGCUCACAGAAGUUGGCUGUCCUUGUUCUUGGGAUAGGCUUUAGAACAAACCAGCUCGGAAAAGCAUUUCUGGUAUGUGGUCUGCCUCUGAAAACAGAUGUCUUGAAAAGCUUUUUAUAUUCUUAAAAUAGCUUCACUUCCGUGAAGAAGGUGUUGGUGAGCAAUAUAUAGGAAUGUUCCUUCCACCCUUGAUUUCCUGAUUAGAAAAAGAAGCAUGCGGGUUCUGAGGAAGGUAACGAUGCAUCCAGAAGAUGGCUGGCCCCAUCGUCCGCGUUCUGCUAUGUUGUCUGAUGCCACGAGCAGAGUUGUCCUUGCCUCUGAGCUCACCCUAGCUUCUGCAUUCAACACCCGCACUGUCCCUGAGUGACACCUCCACCGAGGCACUGUCAGACUUAGAGGAGCAGUUGGUGUGAGUCAAGGGCGGGGCUUGAGGCAGUCUUUGCCUGGCUAAGCACCAGUGACUCUGCUCCACCGCCUGCCCUCCCCCACCCCCUGCCCGGGACUGCAGCGUCCAGGCACUGAGGGGAGAAGCAGGGAGGGAUGCUCCGUGAGCCAUUGUGAGGAUGUAAGUUACCUGAUUUUUAUCUUGGAACGUAGCAUAAAUCGAAAGUCCAGGUCGUGAUUACGAUUUUAAGAAAAUUAAGCAUUUCCUUAGCCAGCCAAGUGUUUAUUUACCUCGAAAUAAUAUUUAUUUCGAGUUGUAACCCCAGAGUUCAGAUUUCUCAAUUGUAGGCUCAGUGACUUAAUAUGUAACUGUACAUACUCAUACAAACUACCUGCUCUCUGGUGUGAUUCUGAAUAGAAGAUACAUUUUUAUUGAAACUGUAAGGCAACCCCUGUAGAGAAAAACAAAGCUACACAAUUAAAGGGAAAGAGGCCACAGCCUGCAGGUCUGGAGGCACGUGGAGUCACCCUUGAACCACACCCAGAGCUGUGCGCGCCUCCUUCCGAUUCUCGUUCUGACCCGGCAACAAUGGCCUCCAACAAACUGUCUGUCUGUAAUAGCACUUCGGGACAAUGGCUGAAACCAAAAGACUUCCACGUUUCUUUUUAUUCCAAGUUGGUGUAUGGGGUUGAACUGGAAACUUUCCCUGAGGCAUAGGCCAAAUUUUGAGACAGAGUAUGGUAGACAACUCCAUAAAUUAAUAAUUGUGUGUGUGUGUCUCUCUAAUGAUAUUUAGCCCAGAGUUCUGUGAUUUAAAAAUAUAAUAAAGACUUUUUUUUAUUUGGAAGGACAUUGAUAUAUAAAUUCUUACAACUUGCUUAUUAUCCCUGUCCUCAGCUGGCUUUGCGGGGGCUCUGGCUGUAGAAAACAGAAAACCCUACCAUCGUUUAUAGGUUCAGUCCGGCCAGUUCUGUGGACAUGCCAUCUCUCCCACUGAUAAGUGCGUCUCUCCCCAGCUGCCCCCGGGUCGAAGUGGGUGACCUCAGCAGCUGUGCUCUCCUGCCUGGUUACUGGAACCGCUUCUUUAACACUCAGCUGCCAACAUCUAAAACGGGGAGGCUUUUCCCCAGCAGCACCCCUGCCACCUCAGCGUUCUAGUCCCUCUGAAAAGCUCCUCUGCACCCAGCAGGACAACAUACCGGAUGGAGCUUUGGAAGACUACACCUGCCUUUACUGUAGUGUAGGAGAUCCAAGGGUCCAAAUUUUAAACGUGUUAUAAUUCACCUUUCGCUGGUUUAAAUGUCACAGCCUCCCUUCUGAGUUCUCCCAGCUGAAGUCCAGGCUCUCAAAGCACUCCAGCUGCUCCGUGCUGCUUCCCUCCUUCCCCACCCGUGUGUCGGGUCGUGUUUCCCACAGCUCUCUCGGGCCCGGAGAAUGCAAGCAUCUUUCCCUUGGAGAACAUUGAUUCAGUGCCAGUAGGUCAGGCUGUUGGCACUGACGUCGCCUCAUUUCUUGCUGUUGGCAUGUUUCAUAAAGUGCCUAUAGGAAAAUUCCAAAUUAUUGGUAUUUUUAUGAGCUGUGCCCUUGAUCAAAUGUGUGCAUCCUGAGGAUUUCUCUUUCCAGUUCUGCCUCCAGUUUUCCCUGCUUUGCUCGCUCUGCAUGUGGGUGAGGUUCACCAUGUUAUUUAAUUUCCUUCCCAUACUACUCUGUUAUAUUUCUAUAGCAUUAGAAUUCUUUUCUUCUCCACCUUUGGUGUAUCUAGUAGGGUCACAGUCCUCGGGCAAGAGAGCUUUGUCACGGUGCUGGGGAAGUUCACGUGUGGGAGGUUUGCACGCUAGCGGGCAGCGAUGGGCUUUAGUCGAACCCUUUCAAUAUCCUUUGUUAAUUGUUUUUAACUUUCUCGAAGCAUGGGUUUUGGUGAGCUUUAUUAGUGCCCACAGGGCACACGUACAGCAAGGUCAGAGAGGGAGUGCUCAGCUCUGGCCUCCAGUUUAAGAACAAAGCCCUUCCUCCCACUCCCGCAUCUGUCUGAGAAGAGGACGCUCUGGAUCUCCAGGCUGGAAGAAAUGGGACACUUUUCCAGUCUUUCCUGAGCUGUGACCUUGAAACCAGCUCUCUGCUGGAUUUCAGUAUGGCAUCGUGUGUAACACGUCCCGUCCUCGGACUGAGUGCAGGAGGAGUGGGUGACCUUUGGAUUGUAAAGGAGACUAUAAAACAAUCAAACUGUAAUUAAAAAUGUAAAAUUAGAAACUCAAAGUCCAAGCCAAGUGUCAGUAUCGACCCCUUGAACACCAGCAGGUCUGCGAUAGCUCAGACGUGAGGACAGUUCUGCUGGUGCCCCACAGGCUCACGUUCAAGUUGCGCUGAGAGAGAGUCUACUGGGCACAUGUGGGCCUCACAUGGGGCAGGAGACUGCAUGUGCAUUCUGCUGUUUCAUGACUGAGAUGACAAGUGCGUACUCAUCAUGUGCUGGGUGGAUGAUGAGUCGAGUAUAAUAAAGCUUAUAGUUUGAGUAGAA